CCCAAUUUUAGGCUUUUAAAUUUAUCUUAACAAUCCCUCUACCCUUUUCAGUUAAAUCAGGUUUACCUGAAAUUUGAAACAUUAUGUCGAUCCUCCAACAGUUGGGUCACUUAAGGAUCCCAUUAGAAGAUGUAAAACAGGCCACCAACAACUUUUCCGCCGAAAAUUUCAUCGGAUAUGGCGGCUACGGAUUGGUGUAUAGAGGAGAGCUUUUACACUCGGAUGGGCUUACAAUGAUAGCUGCAAAGCGGGUUGAUCCAAGAUUUAAUCACGCAGAAUAUCAUUUCCUAAGUGAGAUCGAAGUUCUUUUGUCUUAUAAACACGCAAACAUUGUCUCUCUUAUUGGUUUUUGUGACGAGUAUGAUGAAAAGAUCCUUGUCCAGGGUUUGGUGACACAUGGAAGCCUUGACCAGUAUUUAGGUAGCACAAACCUCACAUGGGUUAAGCGCCUCCAAAUUUGCCUUGGUGCGGCUCGUGGCUUGAGUUAUCUUCACAAUGGUUGGGAAGGCCAGAGUGUUGUUCAUGGCGUCGUGAAGAGCAGAAGUAUUUUAUUAGACAAUACAUGGCAACCAAAGAUAGGUGGUCUAGGGCUCUGCAUGAUUGGUCGAGUGCGUCCUAACAUUUUUGUCAAAGAUGGAUUUCACACACCAGGCUAUGUUGAUCCAACAUACUUGAAAAAUGGGGUUAUAACAACGGAAUCAGAUGUCUACUCUUUUGGGGUGGUCUUAUUUGAAGUCCUAUGUGGCCGGGAGGCAUUUGAUAGGGACAUGAAUAAACCUUUUCUUGGUCCAUUGGCGCGCACACAUUAUGAAAAGGGGACCUUAAGUCAGAUAGUUGAUCCCUUUCUAACGAAACAAAUGAACCAUGAAUCCUUGAAGGAUUUUUCAGCUAUUGCAUAUCAAUGCCUGGAAAAGCUUGGAACUGCACGUCCAACCAUGAUUGAGAUUGUGCAAAAACUUGAGAAAAUUCUGAGACUUCAACAAGAUUUUGAGAGGGCUUUGGCUUUUCAACAAGUUGCUCUUGGAUUAAAAGGAAAACCAGAACACAAAGCUGAUUCCUACAAGGUGAAAAACCUGGAACACAUGAAAAUUCCAUUAGAACAAAUAAAGUUAGCAACUCAUGAUUUUCAUGAUGAUUUUAAAAUCGGACGUGGUGGAUAUGGGAAAGUAUACAAAGUAGAUCUCUUCCACUUUGAUGUACAAAAAUAUUAUAAAGAUAAUAUACAUCAGAGAGUGUCGGUGACGGAACUCUUGGGCUAUCGGAGAAGAAAAAGCACAGUUGCUGUUAAGCGGUUAGAUCGUAAAUACGGUCAAGGAACUGCAGAGUUCUUGCAAGAAAUCUCAGUGCUUCCAUAUUUUAGGCACCAAAACCUUGUCACACUUCUUGGAUUUUGUGAUGAAGAUCAAGAGCGCAUUCUUGUCUAUGAGUAUGCCUCAAAUGGAAGCCUUGAUGAAUAUAUUUCUAGCAAUGAUAAUAAGAAAAAUUAUUCAUGGGCUCAACAUCUACAGGUCUGCCUUGAUGCAGCCCGUGGUCUUGAGUUUCUCCAUAAUGGUGUUGGAGAGCAUCAUAGGAUAAUUCAUCGCGAUAUAAAGAGCUCUAACAUUUUAUUGGGACAUAAUUGUGUAGGCAAGAUUGGUGAUUUUGGGUUGUCAAGAAUUGGGCCUGCAAAUCUGCAGGCCACAUUUGUCAUGACUCAAGUUGCUGGCACACUCGAGUAUGUUGAUCCACAGUAUCACAAGACAGGUAUGCUCACAAAGGGGUCUGAUGUGUAUUCGUUUGGGGUGGUUUUAUUUGAAGUAUUGAGUGGAAGAUUGGCAUAUUUUCAGAGGUCCAAAGAUGACCAAGAAUAUCUACUCCACAUGGCCAAACGCUGCUUUGAGCAGAAUAAGCUCAACGAGCUUAUCAGUUCUAGAUUAAAGAAAGAAUUUGAGAAAGGAUCUUCUACUUUUGAUGGUAACACCUUUCCAGAUUCCGUAAGCAUAUUUGCAAUAAUUGCAUAUAAAUGCAUACAAGAAAAUCGUGACGACCGUCCCACAAUGUCCCACGUUGUGGAAGAACUUGAAAGAGCAUUGAAAUCUCAAGUAAAAGGGGUUGAAGCCUUGAGAAUGUCACUUGAAGCAGUUAGAUUUGCUACACAUCACUUUAGUGAUAUCAUUGAGAAGGGAGUGUAUGACAAGGUGUAUAGAGGAGAACUCUCAGAUUCCAAAGGACAUAAAUCUAUUAUUGUAAAGAGACUAGAUCAUACAAUGGGUUCAUAUGAGGAUGAUUUUUAUAAAGAGAUUGCAAUUCUUUACAGUUUUAGCCACAAGAAUGUCAUUCCUAUUAUCGGAUUUUGUGAAGAGGCGAGUGAAAGGAUUGUUGUUUUUGAGCAUAUGGUUAAUGGAAGUCUGAAAAAUCAUGUGAAAAAUGCUAGUCUAACUUGGAAACAAAGGCUACAGAUUUCUAUUGAUGCUGCACGUGGGCUAGCUUACAUUCACAGUGGUUCUGACUCCCAAUAUUCAAUGCAUGGAGACAUUAAAAGCAGCAGCAUACUAUUAAACAAUGAUUGGGAAGCUGUUAUUUCUGAUUUCAUCAUAUCCAAAGGUGUAAGCACACUAGGCUAUUACGAUCCACUCUAUACUAGCACGGGCAUCCUAACACAGAAAUCAGAUGUCUAUUCCUUUGGUGUGGUUUUGUUUGAAAUCUUAUGUGGGAGAUUAGCAAUUGAAACCAUAAAAGUUGAUCAACAACAGCCAGUCAAUGGUGAUCAUGAAGAUGGCCAAGUGGUUUUUCUUUCACAGUUGGCUGUACAAUGCUUCAAGAACAAGAGACUUGAAGAAAUAAUCUUUGAUAAUAUCAAAGAACAAAUCGAUGCAAAAUCAUUGGUCGUUUUCUCUAACAUCGCCUAUCAAUGUUUGCAAGAACUUCCAAAAGACCGUCCAAGAAUGGUUGAUGUUGUAAAAGAACUCGAGAAAGCAUAUGAAUGUCAAGAUGAGUGGGAAUGGGAGCAAAAGCUGCCUAAAGAUUACAGGAAGAUAAUCGGGAUGUCAAAAUUUCCAUUAGCCAAUACAAGCCGAAAGAAGGAUCUCUGGUCUCUCCUUUCUUUGGGAAUUCUCCUUCACAAUGAUAAACUGUGGUUUUCCAUUAGCAUGAAUGGAGUGAAAAAUGAAAUGGUAUCAGCAAAAAUGUUUUCAUUCAAAAGUGUGAAGUGGAGAUCCAUAAAAAAAUCCAGGUUUUCGAAGGCUGCAAAGAUAUCAGACAACUUAAAUCUCAAUAUCCAAAUCCAGAUAAAGCCUCAACUUUUAAGUCCGGGGAUAAUGUAUGGAGCUUACCUAGUGUUCAAGUUUUGCAAUCGAAGAAAAGUUUCUACUAGACCAUUAUAUGUGAAUUUAAAAUACAAGAUGGCAGGUGAAACCUUAAAUGCAUAUUUUGCAAAGUGGAGACCUGGAGGCGAGUGGUUGAUGGUUGAAUUGUUCCGAUUUUGGAAUACUAAUGAAACUGUUGAUUGUGAUAUUUUACUCCAAAGCUUUUCUCAGUAUUAUUGCGGUAACUGGGGUAUUUUUGUUGAAGGAUUAGAGUUUAAUGCCAUUGCUAGUUUAGAAGAACAUAAAGAGAAUAACAAACUGAGCGAUGAAAACAAUGUCCAAAGACUCAUGAAACCUGAGUUGGACUAUCAGGAAAUAUUCAAGAGGUCUGAAUACAAUAUCCAAAAUACCCCUAAAGAGGAGCUAUGCCACCUGCUUUUCAAUGGGUUUCUUAUUGACAAGGGUGAAAAGAUAUUUUUUCUAAGCAAAGCGAACCAGAAGAAAUGCCAUAUGCUACGAGCAAAAUCAGUUAUAUGCGAUGCUUCAAAUGUGAAAUUCUACCGUAUUAAACCUGAAGCACAAUCAAGGUGCAUAUUUGAAGAUGCUGCUGAGAUUCUCUAUUACCAUGAAUUCCGCAUCAAAUGUGACGUUGAUACUCGGAUGCUCUCAUCGGAUACGUCUUAUGCGUGUUUCUUAGUGUUCAAGCUUUCAGAAAAAUAUCGCGGGCUCAAGUUUCCAGUAAAGGCACGAGAUCUUCUACCCUAUAUAAAGCAAAGAACCAACAUUAUUUCUUUCACUGCCCCAAGCACAGUGAAUUUAAACAAUAUUAAAUGGAUUCCAGAACAAAGGGAAGAUGGGUGGAUGGAGGUUAGAGUGUGGGAAACUAUAUCUGAUAGGCAUAAUGAGGAGUCUGUCCCCAUGGAUUUGAAACUAAUAAGUUUUGAAGGAAAUAUGUCUGGUCUUAUUAUAUCUGGAAUUGAGUUUCGUCCAAUGUAGAAUAUAUGUAUCAACAAGUUUCUA